GGCUGGUCCCCGGGGCCGCCCUCCCCCGCGCGCCAACCCUGGGUUCCCUCCCGGGUCCGCAGUAGAAACACUGCCCUCUCCCUUCUUGACCCCUAACCCUUCCUCCCUUCUUCCUUUCCUUCCCUCCCUUCAGCCGCCGUCGCUUCAGGCGCCGCUGCUCCCGGCUCGGUGAUGGGGUCUCGGGCUUCUACGUUACUGCGGGACGAAGAGCUUGAGGAGAUCAAGAAGGAGACGGGCUUUUCCCACAGUCAAAUCACUCGCCUCUACAGCCGGUUCACCAGCCUGGACAAAGGAGAGAACGGGACUCUCAGCCGGGAAGAUUUCCAGAGGAUUCCAGAACUUGCCAUCAACCCACUGGGGGACCGAAUCAUCAAUGCCUUCUUUCCAGAGGGAGAGGACCAGGUAAACUUCCGUGGAUUCAUGAGAACUUUGGCUCAUUUCCGACCCAUUGAGGAUAAUGAAAAGAGCAAAGAUGUGAAUGGACCAGAACCACUCAACAGCCGAAGCAACAAACUGCACUUUGCUUUUCGACUAUAUGAUUUGGAUAAAGAUGACAAGAUAUCCCGUGAUGAGCUGUUACAGGUGUUACGCAUGAUGGUUGGAGUGAAUAUCUCAGAUGAACAGCUGGGCAGCAUCGCAGACAGGACCAUUCAGGAGGCUGAUCAGGAUGGGGACAGUGCCAUAUCUUUCACAGAAUUUGUUAAGGUUUUGGAGAAGGUGGACGUAGAGCAGAAAAUGAGCAUCCGAUUUCUUCACUAAGGGAUAGAAACCAAACUGUUCACUACUUUCUAGUAUUUAAGAACUGGAACUUGAGAAUCCUCCCAUCCACCAGCCCCACCUCCACCCCGUUAUUCCCCUUCUCCCAGAGUACUACUGCUGUUGCAUGACAACCCCAAAUAUAUUCUGUCAAUACAAACCUGCCUUUGGUAUGUAAACAGGGCAUUACAGAAUGGUACACCCAGUUUAUUUCUGUUCAUUAUCCAUUCAUAAGUUCUCCAUUUAUAAAUAUCAUCUUCCCUUGUUCUGCUAAUAUAUGCUACACAUCCAUCCAGUCUAAGAAAGUGAGAGGGAAUAAUGCCAAGAACAAGCCAGCAAAGCUCUUUCACCGGAUGUAGACUGUAGCCAUGUUGCCUUCCCUCUAGUGAGGCUUUGGCAUAUUUUUCAUCCUUUUUAUAUGUUUUUUGCUCCCUACUUCUCUGUCAUCCCACAAACGAUUCACUUAGUCUAAUAGUAUCUUUCCUUUUUAUUGAGUCUCGAAAUCUCCUCUGUUCUACUUGGCACCCCAAGCUAUGCCUGUUAAAUAUAUUUCUGACUUGGCAGGAUAGUUCGGUGGUCUGGCAGUUUUUAUUCACCUUCACACUUCAAUGGGUCUCUGGAAUUUUGCCUCUCUGGGAGCUUUUUGGUAACCAACAUUUCUCUCUGAAGAAUGAGACCAUCUCUUUGUCCCUUGCACUAUGUUUUGUCAUCAAAGGGCUGCUAGGUGAAGAUUUCCUUUUUGAAAGGUUGCCUUGGUGAGGUAUAGAGCCACGUCUUGUCCAGGGCCCUCUACCUCUGGCUUCUGAUUCUUAACUUACGUACCCAUGUGGCUCUGUUAGUGCUGAUUAUUCAGAAAAGAGCCAUAUGCCUGCAAGUUUGCUUAGUUUUGGGACAUUGUUACCACCAGAAUGGCUGCUCUGACAAUAUGCUUGGGGACUUUCUCAUGGCUUUUUGAACAAGGAGGUUUGGCACCCCCUAAAGCCUCCUGAAUUCAUGCCUGUGCAGCAUGAUUUAUGCCUCAGUGUUAUGUACACUGGAAUGCUUUCCACCUCAUGUUUCCAUGUAGAAAGAUUAGUGUUACGGAAGUGCCUAAUUUAUCCCAGUACAAAAGAUUUAAAGAUUGUCUUCAGUGUCUUGAAGUUUUAUACAAAAUUCUUUAUGAAUUUUACACUUGGCAAAUGUUAAUGAUGGAAGCCAAAGGUCAGCUCCUAAUGCAGGUCCAAAGCAUUGAAAGUAUUGUAUCAUUAGCUGCCUGGUUGUGUAAGCUUCUUAGUUCUUCAUGUAGACCACUGCUAAUCCCUUAGGGGUCUGGCACUGGUGCCACAACCUAAGGCGGCAUCACAGGUCUUUGUGCAAGCCAUAGCAGCUUCUCUGCCAAAGUCAGCUUAGUUUAAGCUUCAGUGAAUAAGGCUGUUGACAUCCUAAUGUAUGUCUGUAUGAGUCAAUUCAUCCAUAUAUUUGCCUUUGGCUGACUUGCUUGCUUGCUCGUUUCCUUGCUUUUGGAAGGCUAAGAUGUGUACACAAUUCUUUAGGAAGGGGAUUGCUAAAAAAUAUCACUCAUUGCAAAGGGAUGGGGAAGGGUGGGGGACAGGGGAGUGGCCAGGCUGGAUGGCUCAAGUGUAAACAAAUAAGGAAUUUUUUAUGAAGUAUCAGUCUGACUUUAUGAUUAAGUGAUGUAAUAUAGGAAUUGGAUAAAAGGGAAUAAUUGUCUGAUACUGAUCUGUUAGAGGUACUUCAGAGGCUCCUUGAUUUACAUAUUUAAAGUUCCUAAGAUUAUGGCUUUUCUCCCUUUUGGCUGUACAGCAAACUGUUUUAAUCCACAGUUGUGCCUUAUUGUUCCAUAAAAUUGUAUCAUUGAUCCAUCAAUAAACACUUGUGGUUAAAACAAAAAAAA